GGUGCAAAUAAAGAGAUUGCACAGGAUUUUCUAUAAGCAAAGAAAACAAAACGCAGAAUUAUAGCCAAGUGAGAAUCGUGGCAUAGGUUGGAACGGCCGGCGUUCGUUACGACUAAUGUUGCUGCUAGCUAGCUGCGCCUAAGAUUUGCCGAUGGAACAAUUCGUUUAUACGGGACGCAGGCGCCACUAUCUAGACGUGCAAUUGCUACCUGGGCCGGCAAUGGCAAGCAGCAUUUUGAAAAUGGACAAGCAAUGCCGUCCUCUGGCUCUGCUGCUUGCAGCCCUCUUCUGCAGCCUCUCUCUGCUCCGCGCUUGUUCCGCCGCCGCGUCCGUUACCGCCGGCGCCCCCGACGGCAGCCAGCUCUGGGGAUACGUCGAAGUCCGGCCGAAGGCCAAUCUUUUCUGGUGGUACUACAAGAGCCCGCAGCGGGUGUCGGCGCCGUCCGCCGCCCCAUGGCCAACCGUCCUCUGGCUUCAGGGCGGCCCGGGAGCGUCGGGCGUUGGGAUCGGCAACUUCCUGGAGAUGGGGCCUUUGGACGUGAACCUGAGCCCGCGCAACUGGACGUGGCUGCAGAAGGCGGACCUCAUCUUCGUGGACAACCCCGUGGGCGUCGGCUACAGCUACGCCGAGGACCCGAGCGUCCUGGUGAAGACGGACUGGGAGGCGGCGGAGGACGCCACGGCGCUCCUGGCGGCGCUCGCCAGGGAGGUGCCGGCCUUGCAGCAGGGGAGCCCGCUGUUCCUCGUCGCCGAGUCCUACGGCGGCAAGUACGCCGCCACGCUCGGCGUCUCCGCCGCCAGGGCCAUCCGCGCCGGCCGGCUCAACCUCACCCUCGGCGGCGUCGCGCUCGGCGAUAGCUGGAUCUCGCCCGAAGAUUUCACUCUCUCCUACGCGCCGCUGCUCCUGGACGUGUCGAGGCUGGACGACAACGCCGGCGACGCCGCCAAGCAGAAAGCGGCGACAGUGAAGGAGCAGAUCGCGGCGGGGCAGCUUACGGCCGCGUGGACCUCGUGGACGGACUUGCUGCAGUUUAUAGACACCAAGAGCGCCGGCGUCGACACGUACAAUUUCUUGCUUGACUCCGGCAUGGACCCGGUGUCGGCGACGGCGAGCAAUGCCCAUGCCCAGGCGAUGAAGUACUCAACGUACCUCCGCAACACGGAGGCCGCGGGCGACGCCAACACCAUCGACGGCAUCAUGAAUGGGGUCAUCAAGGAAAAGCUCAAGAUCAUCCCCAAUAACCUGACCUGGCAAGGGCUUUCGCGCCCGGUCUACAACACGCUCGUCGACGAGAUCAUGAGGCCCAGGAUCGACGAGGUUGACGAGCUGCUGUCUUACGGUGUGAAUGUGACCGUGUACAAUGGCCAGCUCGACGUGAUCUGCUCGACGAUCGGCGCAGAAGCCUGGGUACAGAAGCUCAAAUGGGAUGGGUUGAAGAACUUCACGAGCCUGCCAAGGCAGCCUCUGUAUUGUGGGUCUUCCAAGGUCACCCAGGCCUUCGUCAGAACAUACAAGAACCUCCACUUCUACUGGAUCCUUGGAGCUGGCCACUUCGUGCCCGCUGACCAGCCUUGCGUUGCGCUGAGCAUGAUCAGUAGCAUAACCCAGUCUCCAGCCAGUUAGAGAUGGUGGUAUUACUACAGAUGAAAUGAAAUAGAUGGUUGGUAGCUUCUGUGUGUUUAGGGGAUUAGAACUGGUCUUAUUUGAUUCCCGAAACGGAUGAACCGCCUUUUAUUAUCGUAUUUAAUGAAAAGAAGAUCUUAUGCUCCAAA